AUGAGCCCGCAGCGCCUGAGGCGUAUCGCGUAUCGUCGUCGCUCCCCAAUCUGUCGGCAGUGGGACGAGCGCGAAGGACCGAUUGCGGUGAAGGACCGCAGGUUAGGGACCGAUCGCCGCCGCUCACGCCAGCGGACGGUCUUCGUCAGUGAUGUUAGCUACGCCACCGUCUACCUCGUGCGCAAUGCGCUCGCCGGCAUCGAGCGAGCAACGUGUUCGACCGAGCGGCUUGCUGUGCGGACGGCUUCUUGUGGCUCUCGUCGAGAGCGUUUUGCGGCCCGGCGGGUGGGAGAGCAUGUGUCGUCUGAUGUGUCACUGAAGACCGCCGUACGGCAAGAAGAGCUCGAUGGGGAGCGAGAACCGUCAGAGGUGCUCACGGAGGUUUCGGAAGUCGCGGAACUCGUUGAGUACUCGCAGCCUUUCUGCGCCUCCGUCUGGGCAUCGGCUGCUCGGCAAGAGCAGUCUUUCCGGAAGAUAUCGACGGAACGAGUGUAUCGCUUUGACGGAUCGACCGUGCUUAUUAUCAAGACUGAUAUGACGUACACAGCGUGCUCGCUUGAUGUCGGCGAGCGCAUUGCGCACGCUUUGAACGGUGGCGAAGCCAAAAACACCGAUGGUGGCCGUCCGCCGGCGUAUGCGGCGGCGAUCGGUCCCUAA